ACGGAGAGAGAAGUGUGCGUGACCCAAACACGGGCUUAUUUGAAGAGGAGUGUUUUUUUUUUUUCCUGCGCAGGCUAUUCAAAAGGAAGAAGUAUAUCUACUUUGCAGAGUUUUAUGAGGAUUUAACUCACACAUUUAUGUAUAUUAUAACGUGUGGUACAUGAUAAGCAUUCAGUUAACGAAGCCCUUGUCAUUUGCUGAUUGUGUUGGGGAUGAGCUGCCGUGGGGAUGGGAAGCAGGGUUUGACCCUCAGAUUGGUGUCUACUACAUCGAUCACAUCAACAAAACCACACAGAUAGAAGAUCCAAGGAAACAAUGGAGGGGGGAACAGGAGAAGAUGCUGAAGGACUACCUCUCCGUGGCGCAGGAUGCCCUCCGGACCCAGAAGGAGCUGUACCAUGUGAAGGAGCAGAGGCUGGCUCUGGCCCUGGAUGAAUAUGUGCGAUUAAAUGAUGCCUAUAAGGAAAAGUCAAGUUCUCGCACAAGCUUAUUCUCAGGAUCUUCAUCCAGUACUAAAUAUGAUCCCGAUAUUUUAAAAGCUGAGAUCUCCACUACAAGAUUAAGGGUUAAAAAGCUGAAGAGAGAACUCUCACAGAUGAAGCAAGAACUGCUCUAUAAAGAACAAGGCUUUGAAACAUUGCAGCAAAUCGAUAAAAAAAUGUCUGGAGGCCAGAGCGGGUAUGAACUCAGUGAAGCCAAAGCCAUUCUAACAGAACUAAAAUCUAUCAGAAAGGCCAUUAGCUCAGGAGAAAAAGAAAAACAAGAUCUGAUGCAGAGUCUUGCUAAGCUGCAGGAGCGGUUUCAUUUGGAUCAGAACAUUGGCAGAUCUGAGCCAGAUUUGAGAUCUAGUCCUGUGAACUCUCAUUUAUCUCUCUCCAGACAGACCCUUGAUGCUGGGUCACAAACAAGCAUUUCCGGAGAUAUUGGAGUGAGAAGUAGAUCAAAUUUAGCUGAAAAGGUCAGGCUAAGCCUACAGUAUGAAGAAGCCAAAAGAAGUAUGGCCAACUUAAAAAUUGAACUGUCAAAAUUGGACAGUGAGGCCUGGCCCGGGGCACUGGAUGUUGAGAAGGAGAAACUGAUGCUGAUUAAUGAAAAAGAAGAACUUUUGAAAGAGCUUCAGUUCGUCACCCCACAGAAACGUACCCAAGAUGAAUUGGAACGCCUAGAAGCCAAGAGGCAGCGGCUGGAGGAAGAGUUGCUGUCGGUGAGGGGAGCACCAAGCAGAGCUCUGGCUGAGAGAUUGAGAUUGGAAGAGAGAAGAAAAGAGCUGCUACAGAAACUUGAAGAAACUACUAAAUUAACUACUUAUUUGCAUUCACAACUUAAAAGCCUCUCCGCCAGCACCCUGUCCAUGUCAUCUGGGAGCAGCCUGGGUUCCCUGGCAUCAAGUCGGGGCUCUCUGAACACCUCCAGCAGAGGGUCACUCAACUCCCUCAGUUCCACUGAGCUUUAUUACAGCAGUCCAAGUGAUCAGAUAGAUGUGGAUUAUCAGUAUAAGCUGGACUUCCUUCUGCAAGAGAAAAGCGGUUACAUUCCUUCCGGACCCAUCACCACCAUCCAUGAAAAUGAGGUGGUCAAGUCCCCCAGCCAGCCUGGCCAGAGUGGGCUCUGUGGGGUGGCAGCUGCAGCAACAGGCCACACUCCUCCACUGGCUGAGGCCCCCAAGUCUGUGACCUCCCUGUCCUCGAGGUCCUCCCUUUCCUCCUUGUCUCCUCCGGGCUCUCCCUUGGUUUUGGAAGGCACGUUUCCCAUGUCUUCUCACGAUGCCUCUCUCCAUCAGUUCACUGCUGACUUUGAAGACUGUGAAUUGAGUAGCCAUUUUGCAGAUUUCAGUCUCGUCGAAAGUCAGAUCUUGCUGGAUUCUGAUUCAGGAGGAGCCUCCCAGUCUCUUUCAGAGGAUAAAGACCUUAGUGACUGUGCUAGGGAGCCAUUAUAUGAAGGAACUGCAGAUGUGGAAAAACCAUUACCAAAAAGAAGAGUGAUCCAUCUGCUUGGGGAGAAAACCACUUGUGUGUCGGCUGCUGUAUCUGAUGAGUCUGUGGCUGGAGACAGUGGGGUCUAUGAAGCUUUCAUGAAACAACCUAGUGAAAUUGAAGAUGUCACAUACAGUGAAGAGGACGUUGCCAUUGUAGAAACUGCCCAGGUUCAGAUAGGACUCAGAUAUAAUGCAAAAAGUUCAAGUUUCAUGGUGAUUAUAGCACAACUCCGAAACCUUCAUGCCUUCUUGAUACCUCAUACUUCAAAAGUAUAUUUUCGGGUUGCCGUUCUUCCCUCCUCAACUGAUGUCAGCAGUCUGUUUCGCACAAAAGUUCAUCCGCCCACAGAAUCCAUUUUGUUCAAUGAUGUGUUCAGAGUCGCCAUUUCCCAAAUAGCCUUACAACAGAAGACACUGAGAGUAGACCUUUGCUCUGUCAGUAAACACCGAAGGGAAGAAUGCCUGGCUGGAACUCAUAUCAGCCUGGCAGAUUUACCAUUUUCCAAUGAGGUUUUCACUCUAUGGUAUAACUUGCUUCCUUCCAAGCAAAUGCCUUGCAAAGAGAAUGAAGAAAAUGAGGACUCUGUAUUUCAACCAAACCAGCCAUUAGUAGAUUCCAUAGACUUGGAUGCAGUGUCAGCCUUACUUGCAAGAACAUCAGCUGAGUUGUUAGCUGUGGAACAAGAAUUAGCACAAGAAGCAGAAGCAGAAGAAGAAGAAGAAGAGCCAAGAAAAGAAGAGCAAAGGGGUCCAGAAGGAGACUGGUUAACAAUGCUAAGAGAGGCCUCUGAUGAAAUUGUGGCUGAAAAAGAGGCUGAAGUUAAAUUGCCAGAGGACAGUAGCUGUACAGAAGAUUUAAGUUCAUGCACUAGUGCGCCUGAGGUGAACGAAGACAGGAACAGGAAAGAAAACAGCUGUGUCAAAGACCUCAAAAGUCAGCCACCUACUGGAAUACCAACGCUGGUUGAUAAAGAGACAAAUACUGAUGAAGCUGCUACUGACAAUAUGGCAGUUCGCCCCAAAGACCGCAGUAGCCUGAGCUCUAGACAGCGUCCCUAUGUGAGGAGCAGUGUGAUAGUGCGCUCACAAACCUUUUCUCCGGGAGAGCGGAAUCAGUACAUCUGCAGGUUAAAUCGGAGUGACAGUGACAGUUCAACCCUGGCUAAAAAAUCACUGUUCGUGAGAAACUCCACUGAACGGCGCAGUUUGAGGGUCAAAAGGACGGUUUGCCAGUCAGUCCUUAGAAGAACAGCACAAGAGUGCCCAGUGCGGACAUCUCUAGAUUUGGAACUGGACCUUCAGGCAUCUCUGACCCGGCAGAACCGCCUCAAUGAUGAGCUGCAGGCGCUCAGGGACUUGCGGCAGAAGCUAGAGGAACUGAAAGCUCAGGGAGAGACUGACCUUCCACCUGGCGUGCUGGAGGACGAGAGGUUCCAGAAGCUUUUGAAGCAAGCUGAGAAGCAGGCUGAACAGUCAAAAGAAGAGCAGAAGCAAGGUUUGAAUGCAGAGAAAUUGAUGAGGCAAGUCUCCAAGGAUGUGUGUCGGCUCCGGGAGCAGAGCCAGAAGGUGCCUCGGCAGGUGCAGUCCUUCAGGGAGAAGAUUGCCUACUUCACCAGAGCAAAGAUAAGCAUCCCAUCCCUGCCGGCUGAUGAUGUGUGAUUAUGUGGCUUAAGAAAUUAUUUUUCAUCUGUUCACUUUCUUAGGGAGGGUAAAAGACUGAAGAUCUGUUUGAUUUUUGUUUUGGUGUUUGUUUUUUGUUUUGUUUUGUUUUUGGUAAUAUGACUGUCAACUCUUGAAGGACUUCUAUUUCACAUUAGAUUUUCAACACGUUAAUUUGUAAAAUACCUUGAGUGUAAUUUUUAUAUGCUUAAAAAAGAAAAAAUUGAUAAGAAAAAUGGGAUAAUCUGAUACACAAAUGUUGCCCAGUAUGUACGUAUUGCCAGUGGGCUUUCUUUUGUAAAAAUGGAAUGUAGGCAGGACCCCACGUGUGUACCGUUGAGCCGACUGGAGAAAGAACUUGGUAGUUUUGCUUCUCCUUUGCAUUGCUGUGAGUAGGCUGUGCCGAUGGCAGCAGCGCCACGUGGCAUCUGUGCACCGGCGAGGAGAGGAGCGCUUUCCAUUUGGAGGGCAGCGUGAGCAUGAGCUGGAGUGCAGCGUUCCAAGUCCAUUCAAAAUGGGUGGUGCAUUCAUGGCCAUCACCUGUGCAGGAACACCUGAUUUUCUUAAAACAAUUUCCUGUUUGUCCUUUUGUAUUUUUCUAAAGAAAACUAAAAUAUAAACUACCAAAUGCUCUUAAGAAUAUAAGUGUACAAAGCAGCACUGCUCUUGGCUACACUAAAGAUCUUGGGAUUCAUGACACUGAGGGCAGGGAGAAGAAAGAACACCAGCCGUGCAGAGACACAUGCAAAUAAGCUCAUCAAAUGAGCAGCUGCUUUCUCUCACUCGGCCUGACUUUGCAUAAAUGUUCAAAUGUGAGUUUCUGGCUUGCACCAGUGGUUUGUCCUAAGUCUAAGCAUGGUGCCAAGUGGAGGCCCUGUGUUCUGAGGACAGAGGGAGCUGGAGGUGUGGAUGGAAACACAUCAGCACUCAUUUGGUGUAACCAGGAAGAGAGGAAACAAUGUCUUGAUAGAAUCAAAGUUGCCAAAAACAAAAAAGAAUUUAUCAAGCAGAUUUCUAACAUUUAGUAGAAAUUACUUCAUAGCUCUCAUUUUUAGGGGAUUCGAUCUAUAAUUUAUGGUAAAUAGUUGGGAGGCAAAGGGAAGACUGUGCCUGGGGGGAUUAUUAAUCUGAAGAAUAAGCUAAGCUGUUUAUAAAAAAGACGAUUUUGGAUGAACAAGUUUAGAGAUAUAAACUGACUAAUGUGUCUUCCAGUUUAGAAUUUCAGCUUACCCAACCCAGGCACAUCUUAAAAAAACAGAUCCUCAGUGCAGCUCUGACAGCAUCAAAGCUUUUAAAAUAAAUAGUAUUUAGGCCAUUUAAACCAUACUUACCACUCAGAAACAAUUUUGGGUUCACCAUCUAAUAUAGCAAAUGAAAUCAAUUUUUUUAAGAAAUGCAAAAUUGUCUUAAAGGUAUGGACCUCUUAAAGAAAAACAAAUGUGUUCCUAAGUUAGAAUGCUCACUAGCAAGAAUUUUUAUUUUCUUGAAAUCAAUUAUAUAUGUUUUGGAAAGUUCAUGUUAUUGGAAUCGAAGUUCAAAUUAAGCAACUUCUGAGCCUAGAACUUUAUUUUUUCCUGAAUGUCCCACCACUUAAUACAGAUUUCUCUGAAGACAUAACUGGACAUGACAGACACUACUUUCAACAAAAACCAGCCCAGGGAAUUGACUGCACACAGUCCUGUAAGGCUGCUCAGUUCAUUCUAUUAGAUGACUAAGGAAAACUAGAGAAAGAACACAGUUCACCCUGUCAAGGUCAAAUGUGAAAGGCAGAAGUUUAUUUAACAUAGAGGUAAAUGAAGGUGAGCUGUUUCCAGUCUUAGUUUGACCAUGAAAAUGUCUAUAGAAUUAUGUGUAGUUGUUCCAUACAAUUUUAUUUUCUUCAUUUAUUUAUUUACAGUCUUAUUUAUGUUCUGUUUAAUAUAUAGUUUGAUUCUGGCCAUUUAAAAUAUUUGACACAGAAGAGACUAUAUUGGAAUAUUUACAGCUUUAUAAGUCUUUCAUCAGAUUAGCUGUUGACUUUUUGUAAUACAAAAAGUUUCAGACAAGUAUUAAAGAAUAAAAUCUGUCUCAGGCCGGUAGUUAGCAGUUGUGACCAAGAUGCUUUUGGUUGUUGUAUUUUACAAAAUUUCCUCAUUUCUAACAUGAAAGAUGAACUUAUUUUAAUAUAAUCCUUUUUCUACACUUUAAAAGUCAGCAAUAGUGUUAUGUAUUUGUAGGCAGCUUUUAAUAAUCUUGUCAUAUUUGUACUAACCCAAAUGAUCACAGUGACAAAACAUUUUAAUAACUUGAUCACAAAACCAUAUGGACAAAUAUGAAUUUUAAUAUUAUAAAUACUAUUUUUAAAAGGCAGAAUUUAUUCACACAGGGUAAAAAAGAAUGUAAUAUUUAGUUCUCAAGUUUGAAUUAUCAGUAUAUUAUUACAAUUUUGUAUAUCAGAAUCUUAAGUGUUACAGGUACAAAAAGAAUAUUGCUAGCCAAAUGAACAAAGUUUAGCUGAAUCUCUGUAGCAUGCAAAUCAAAUUAAUUAAAUUUUUUUGCUAUUGCUUUAUCUAUAUUGUAUUAACUACCAAAAGCUCAGGACUGAACUAAAUAUUUAAUCAGGUUAAAUUCUGAACAUGUUUCUGUCUUAAUUUGUCUUGUUUGUAAACGUAUGCAAAUACAUCACAUAGAUUAACUUUGGUUUCUGCACUUUCCAUGUGUUUGUGGGUGGAAAAAAAUUCAGUGGGUUUUUUUUUAAAAAACAAAAAACAAAGAUACAUAUUGCCUAACACUCUAUUUCAGUGUCGUUUAUUGUUCAGUUUAUUUCCCUGAUUGGCACAAAUACAAGAAUUUCCUUGAGCCAUGUACCAAGCAAAUACAAAAUAUUUCAUGAAGAAAUCUCCAGGCCAACAGUUUGCGAUGAAUAGUUCUUGUUGGAACUAUGUGUAUUGCUGAUAAAAAGGAGGAAGUAUUUUCAUUGUGCAAAUAAAAUGAAGGGCUCC